AUGAGUACCUUAGUCUUGAACCGCGCUCACUCAGCUAGUGCUCGAACAAUCCGCCGAGCAUCUACGAACAACCAAGCAUCACCACCGAAACAACGUCCGACAACAAGCGCCGGCGUCCGUCGAUCAUCGACUAUCAACCAAACUUCGCAUUUUUCACAACGCCCUACGAGCAGCACUGGCCUUGUUCGAUCUCAUACAAAUGUAUACAGUUCAGAUGAAGGAACACCACUGGACUUCUUACCCCCCUUUGAAUCAACGGAGAGCGCUCGAAAACGACGAAGUCUUCGCCGAUCAACAACAAAAAAUUGCCCAUCAUCAAGAGAAACGCUUACUCUACGCGAAUUAACAGAUCUUUUGCAAAGUGCCGCUGAAGAAGAGCCGUACAUUUGUAAAAUUCGGUGUUUUUCUGUGCUUCGAAAACUAGUAGAAACUAUCGACAUCAGAAAGACGCCUCUCGACUGGAAAUUAUUAUACGAAUUACAAAAAUGGGAGAACAACAUCAUACAAAAAAAUGCUUGUGGAGAAGCACGUUUCAGUAGACUCAUGGAUGUACUGGUACCUCAAUAUAUUUCAGAAGCUGAAUCGAUCGAUUUAAAAGAAACCGACGCUCAGAAGUUGUCCAUUCAUAGAUCAAGUUUAAGUGGUAAACGAUCGACCAAUUCUGUCAACGUAGUACUCGGUACAAUGCAUUCAAUCAAUGCGAUUCUUAUAGAAACACAAUCCACUGGAGAUCGGAUGUUGCGUAGUAAUAUUUCGAUUAUUUUGACAAAACAAACAACAACAACAAUAACAACAACAAUGACAGAACAAGAAAUUGAUGUUUACUACAAAGCUGUCCUCGAUCUCGUAUCGUUGGCUGGUAAGGUUGUAAAUGAAGGUUUUUCGAUAACUAAACAUGUCGAAACCAAAUCGGGCGCAGCAGAUCUCGUGACCGAGUUUGAUCAACGUGUUGAAGAAAUUUUAAUCAAAAGUUUACGAGAGACGUUUCCAACACACAAAUUCAUUGGAGAAGAAUCGGCUGCUGCCGGUGCAAAAACUGUAUUUGGAGAUGAUCCAACAUGGAUUAUUGAUCCAAUUGACGGUACAACGAACUUCGUACAUGGCUUUCCAUUUGUGGCAAUUUCUAUUGCAUUAGCAAUCAAAAAGGAAGUGGUCAUAGGUGUAAUUUACAAUCCUGUCUUAGACAAAUUGUAUUCCGCUGUGCGCGGUAAAGGUGCAUUUAGAAAUGGACGGCCGAUUAAAUGUUCCGGACAGAAAGAUUUGGCUUUAUCUCAGGUUGCCGGAGAAUAUGGUUCAAGUCGUGAGCCUCAUAUAAUUGAUGCCAAAUGUCAAAACAUGCGAGUUAUCAUUGAAAAGGUUCACAGUAUUCGAGCUGUUGGCAGUGCAGCUAUGAACUUAUGUAUGGUAGCCGAAGGUAGUUGCGACGCGUAUUUUGAAUAUGGGAUACACAUUUGGGACUAUGCGGCUGGUGAUUUAAUCGCUCGCGAAGCUGGAGCAUAUACAUCUGAUCCAUCCGGUGGACCGUUAAAUCUUCUUCAUCGUUGUAUUUUAUGUACAGCGACAAAAGAACUUGCUCAGCAAAUAACCCCUUUACUUACUCAUAUGAAGAUUAAUUCGCUUCUCUUCGUUGCUAUUUGUGCCAGUGCGUUCUUUAGUGCAAUUCAUGGUGCUACUGAUGCAGAAUGUAAACAACAAUCAAAUAAAGACUGUGAUGCUUGUUUAAAAUUGAGCGACUGUGGCUUUUGUAAAAGCUCGAAGGCCUGCUUCAAGUACAACGUCGUGGAUCAAAUCACUGGCAAUUGUAGCUCGGAUGAUCUUCAAGUAGGAACGUGUAUCGGCAAUUUCAAGGGAUGGAUCAUCGCCAUUAUUGUCGUUGCUGUAGUUGUUUUGAUUGCUGUUGCGAUUGGCGUAUGGUGUCUUUGUAGAAAAUGUAAAAAGCGUCGCAUUCGAAAAGAAGAACGACGACAAGAAAUAGAUGAUCAACGGAUGGAAGAACGACGAGCAGCAGCUGAAGUUCGAACGGCUGAGCGAAACCGCGUUGCCGACGAAAUCCGUAUGAAAUAUGGUAUACUCAAAGCCAAUGAUAAUGGAACGGAUUAUACGCGUAUGAAUUAA